CACCGCCAGUUGUUUUGAUCGGGCCAGUGUAUGUGCGCGCGCGCAACUCGCACGUCUCUCGCGAAAUCAAAAAAUAAGCUUUCACUCAUAAUCAAGUGUCUCAAAUAGUGUACCUAGGUUUAGUAUUGUGCGGAUCUAAUUACAAAUAGAGCGCAACAUUACCAAGGAUUGUUAAUAGAAUGGACUCUAAAUAUUAACGUAUUCUAGUCAGUGAUGUGAUUGGACUAUAUUUCAAAAUGUUCUACGAAGUGAUAAUUGGAUUUGGAGUGUUGUUGUAUUUGUUUUGGAAAUAUUUACUCUCUGAAAGAGUAGGUCAAGGUAUAUUAAUAGAAUCUAAGAAUUCUAUCCAACUUGAAACACCGACUCAGAUAAAUCUUGGGGUUGACACAAUAAGACAAAAUAAAGAAGAAAGUUCAGACCUAAUCAUAAGAAAUGUUAAAUGCGAGGAAGAUAUUCUAGAAAAUCCUAUUGUCGAAGAGAAAACUAGCCUAAAUAUACUUGAACAUAAAGGAAUAAUAACACCAAGUUUAUUAUUAGAACAAAGAAAAGAAGUACUUAAAGAAAAAGUUGGCAAACGCGAAAGCCCACCAAAAGAAAGGUUAGCUGAAUUUCUCGAGAAAACUAUUUUAAGCGAUGACAAGAUACAAUCAAUUAUUCAAAAUCUUUCUUUAGAUAAAACGUUGGAUAAACAAGACGAAACUAAUGACGUACUUAAUUUAGGAAUAACAUCUAUAAAAAACGAGUCCAGGAAUCAACUAAGCGAAAAAUCUGCAAUAUUACAAAGCACAAUAGAUGAAAUCGCUGAUAAAAUAAAAAUAAUUAAUGAAAAUAAUUCAAACAAGGAUUUAGAUAUUACUGUGAAAAAAUCGGAAGUAUCGAAACCUUUAUUAACGCGUCUUCAAAACCAACCAGGUUUUCCAAUCGGACUCAAUUUUGGAUCUGUAAUUGGUGAACUGAAAAGUAAAACUAAAAAUGCAAGUAACGGUGCAGUAAAGCCAGUAUUCAAGAAAUUCGAUGCCGAUACUUUGGAUGAGAGUCAGGAUAAUCUGAAUGCCGCUGUUGAUGAGAAGAAAAAAGUUCACAUCGAUGAGACUGAGCUUGCAACAAACAUCUUAGCUGAUAGACGAAAUAAAUUGGAAACAGCUGCUCAGGGAUGGCGCAAACGUGUACCCCAGAACGAUGCUUCACGUUUCACGGUCGCCGGACGACUGGAGCGGGACAAAGUGUCGGGCACUACACCACCUAUGACGCCGCCGCCGGUCUCAACCCCGCCCUCUGUUGUCGCGUCCCCUGGUGUACCACCGCCAAACAAAUUCCGAUCCCGGAAACAACCAACGUCGCCGACGAACGGUUUCGCGUCCGGUCCGCUGCGUUCAGCGUCGUGCGCAGUCGUAAGCGCCGCCGCCGAAGCGAAACCCAAGGAGAUCACACGACCUGACCGCGAGUUGUUCAAGAGGAGCCACUCAGUCAGCGAGAGCAUCAGCAGGGUUGAUGAAAAUGAUGAGACAUCACCAGGCCCCGAGAAGACGGGAUGUCCGGUGCGUGUACCACGUGCGGACGACGAGACCUUCCACGCCUUCUUUGCACCCCUCCAGCAGCAGGAGAAAACUCCUGAGGCAGCCGUGGAUGUCGACCUGGACGCCAUUGACAGUGGCUCAAGACAGCUGCUAGCAAGUGAGUGGGCGCGGCGUGCUAAACGCGAGCGGCGACAAGUUGGCUCCAAGAAUCCACUCAAGGCGCUCGCAGCUAGAACAGAUCUGAGGGAGGAGUACAUCGCUUCCUCCACCGGCAUACGGGAGCAAGUGUUAAAGGAGAAAGUGUCGGCUAACUGCGGCCUGGCGGCGGAGGCGCUAGCGGCUCUCGCCAGCAAGGAAGACUUCGCGCACGUGGCGCUGCGAAGUGCCCUCGCGCCCGUCGCCGCGCCGCCCUCCCGCCCCACGCUUCUACACGUGAAGGGUCGACGUCGCGUACAGACCAGACUGGUGGAGCCUGUGCAUACGAACGUGAACCGUGGCGAUUGUUUCAUACUAAUCACGCCCGACCAAGUGUUCCUGUAUAUUGGACUUUACGCCAACGUAAUAGAGAAAAAUCGCAGUACCGACAUCGCGACACAUAUACAUAACAGAAAAGAUCUCGGCUGCAAAAACUCAACGGGCGUAAUCAAGAUUGACGAACACGCUAAGAACUACUCGAACAAGCACUGGAACGAGUUCUGGUCGUUGCUCGGCGUCACCGAUGGCAUAGAAGAUUAUAAGCCAAUAGAGACUGGCCAAGUGGACGAAGAUGAAAUAUACGAGUCCUGCAUCAUACAAACAAACAUGUGCUAUGAGGUAUUAGAUGAUGAACUUAUCCCCAUCAAAGAGUACUGGGGUCAGAUGCCAAAGAUUGCUAUGUUGAACCAAUCGAAAGUCAUCGUAUUCGAUUUUGGCUCAGAAAUGUACAUUUGGUAUGGAAAAAAUGUACCUCUCGAGAGCAGGAGACGGGCCGCCCAACUCGCACAAGAGCUCUUCGACUGUGGAUACAACUAUGAAGAGUGUCACAUCAACCCAUUAAAUGCAGCCAUACACCAAGGUGCCAGAGAGGAAUCCAACACUCCUCUCAAAUCGUCGAAUAAAAGACCUGAGUGGGCCAUUCUAACCAAAGUAACGCAGCACAUGGAAUCCAUCUUAUUCAAAGAGAAGUUCCUAGACUGGCCUGAUUACUCUCGCGUCAUCAAGGUGAAGCCGCAGGAGAAUAAAUCGAACAGUGUCGAUAUAACGCCAUGCGACGCCGAGGAAAUGUGGUCGAAUGAGUACCAGGACCCAGAUCUCAUUUUAGAAGGGUCCCAUAUCGGCCGCGGUACGCACUAUUACGAUAAGGAGGAGUUGAGACACUACGAUAUAAAGACCAAGUCGGUCUGUAAAUGGGUAAUACAGGAGUACGAUUACCAAAAAGUGGAGAACGACUCCGAAGUGGGAGAGUUUUUCUCUGGCGAUAGCUAUAUCAUCAGAUGGGAAUACCAAAUAACAGUAACUGGCCGAGAACUUAACGGGAAACCUUCCAAGCAUAAUAUAACCGGCCGUGAUCGAUGCGCCUACUUCUGCUGGCAGGGAAGAGAUGCUUCUUCUAAUGAGAAAGGUGCUGCGGCUUUACUCACAGUGGAAUUAGAUAGAGAAAAGGGCCCUCAGUUGAGGGUCGCGCAGGGAAACGAGCCGCCGGCGUUCCUCAAUCUCUUCCAAGGCAACCUAAUCAUCCACCAAGGCAAAAAAGACACAGAUAAGAGUCGAUACAAACUGUUCGUGACGCGAGGUAACCUGUCCAACGAGGCGUAUCUGCUACAAGUACCAUGUUCGGUGCGACAGUUACGCAGCCGUGGGUCGCUACUUCUCGUCGACACAGAGAAGGGCUGCUUGUACAUUUGGCAUGGUGCUAGAAGUUUGAAACACACUAAGAAUAUAGCAAUCGAGUUGGCCAAUAAGUUGAUAGCGCGCAAGUGUACUUAUUUGUUCGGAGAUAAAGCAGGGGAUGUGAAUAUCACAGAGGUCAAAGAAGGAGAGGAGCCGAAAGAAGUGCUGGAUGCUUUGGGUGUGGCCAACAAGCAAUAUUAUAAUUCAGUGCUGAGCGGUGGUCGGACGGGAGGAGAAGUGACACCACGCCUGUUCCAUUUCACUGACCUGGGGGGCCAGUUCGAAGCCAAUGAGGUGCUGUCACCCCUCCGCCAUGAACACCUGGUGACACCCUUCCCUUUUGAACAAAAGGAGUUAUAUUCGGCUUCGCAACCAGCUCUAUUUCUGUUAGACGACGGAAAAUCAGUAUGGCUAUGGCAAGGCUGGUGGCCUCGAGGGGAAGACGGAGAGUUUGAACCUGCAGAAAGAAACGCCGGCGUCGGCGCUUUCGCGGCGCGAUGGCAAGCGAUGCGAGUGGCCGCACUUCGAACAGCUGAAGCCUAUUGGACAGUGUCACGUGGUCGCAACGAGCGAAGUGAACCGAACGCUGGAAGCGAUGCAAGCGGUCCAAGCGAGCGACCACAACAACCAGACGUCCAAGUAGUAGCGGCCGGUCUUGAGCCUCAGCAGUUCACCGACCUGUUUGAUACUUGGCGAGAGCACGAUGAAGCCGCCGAGGCUAAUAUUGCGCACGGGUACAAGGCGGGCGAGACGUUGGCCGGCGCUCGGGAACUAGCGCGGCUAGCUAGCUGCGACGCUGUGCUAUCUCUAGCCGAGCUGCAGCGGCGCCCUCUACCUGAUCACGUCGAUCCACAUCACCUCGAACGGCACCUCUCCGAAACAGACUUCCAGGAGGCUUUCGGGAUGACCAAAGAAGACUUCUCAGCACUACCCGCGUGGAAGCAAACAAACCUUAAAAAGGAUAUAGGCCUGUUUUGACCCGUCGGCCUCCGCCAUUUUACAUAUACAGGAACGGCCCGGGCGGCCUAGGAACGCUCUAGGAACGUCUUCUAUAUCAUAAUACCUAGAUACCAUACCCAUGCGUUCAUCUUAAGUAGUAUAAAGUUUUGUACAAUCACACAUAUUUCGUACUUUUUUACUGAACAAUGUUGAUGGAUUUGAUAGGAAUUAACAUUAAGAGCACGCUUUAAAUUCUAUUGUAAUCGAUACAGACGUUUUAUACUAAUGGAAUGCAAUGUAUUCGCUCUCGUGAUAUUUUCAUGUAACCGCCGUAGACAUAGGCUGUAGUUGGAAUACGGAUUUGUAUGUUGGAAUUGUUUAUUGGCGGGUAAUGUUAUUUGUUGCAUCCAUGGCAUGGCAUGCUCUAUAUGUUGUAAAUAUAUUUUUUUUUGUUUCUCUAUUUAUUUACUUAAUCGUCAAUCGUAUAUCUUAAUAUAUUAACAGUACUCUUUUAAUAAACAAUUUUAAUAUUUUUAAUUUUUGAAAACUUGUUUAUACUUUUUAGUCUGCCAUCAUGGAUAUGACGAAAUUGUAAUGCUAAUGUGGUGAUAUUUUUCGAUUUUAUUACGUACCUUAUAUAUUGUCAAAUAAUGCAAUCGAGACAUUGUGGUAAAUUGAUACUUAUCGCAUAUAGUACUGUGUUAUUUGAGAAUAUGGAACGUGUAAUGUAGGGCAAAUGAAUCUGGUCAAAGUAUGGUUAACUGUUAUAAAUCGCUAGAUAUACAAACUCAUGUACUUCUAUUAUUAUAUACGCUUUAGGGUAGGCUUAUAACGAUCUGUGACGGUUAGAGUUUUGUACAAAUAAUUGCGUACGUAAAUAAUUAUGUACGUACUAUUUGAUUACGCUGUCGAAUCGCCGAAACUGUUUACUAUCUAAUAUUUGUAUAAAACUAUCACCGUCACAGAACUUCUAUAAUAUUUUAACACAUCACAUAUCUACUCAUUGCUACUUUUUAUACUGUGCGUUAGGUGGACCAUGUUUUGAUAUAUUUAAUCUUGAAGUAUGUCAGUAUGGGUUUAGCUUGACUUCGUAGCGAAGUGUAUAUGUACUUGUAUGACCAUAUAAUUUGACCUUUUGUUAUAUUGCGAUGCGUAAAGCAUAUUUGACUGAGGAAUUAAAUACGUGGGUGUGGACUAGCGUUAUUUGUGUUUGGAUAGGACAACAUCGAAAAUGUAGAUGCGGUUUGUCUGAAACGAGUGGCGCUAGUGUGCACCAAGCUCAAUAUUUGUACUUUAAUUUUAACACUGUUGCUAUGUUGUGUACAAUUUUAGAUGUUUAUUUUUUAUAGCUAGCAAUAUUGCUUGUGUAAUUUGGGUAACUUUGACUGGUCAUGUUGGAGUGAAAUUGCCAGUAUUUUUAAAUGGCGUUAUAUGCCGGUGAGUAGUGUAACUCUAACAAGUCAUACUUUAAAUGUUAACCUAUAACUACGAAUAACCUACAUUAUGUUACUUAUGUCCGAUGCAUUUACGGCCGGUCUUGUACCUAGAGACAUAAGCAUAUCUCUCAAAUCCAAUGUUUAAUGUUUGCUUUGGUUGUGUUAACUAUAAUUAUUAUUGUAUUGAGAUUUAUUUUGUAUAAUAAUGUAAUAAAUUGCUAAAAUUGAUUUGUAA